AUGUAUUCCUAUAUGGAUUGGGACGGAUUGAAACCUUAAAAAUGGAGGGACAAAGGAAGAAAGAAGUUCGAAUAACAAGCCUUAGAAAUUAUCACUCCUAGGGAAAGUGAUACAUUCUUUGGCUAAGUGUAACCGAAAGUCUAGAAAUCUUUAAUAUAAAAUUAAUUCCAGAUCUUGAAUACUCCUACUGUGAAACAGUCACUCAAUAAUUAAGAGUCAUCGAGAUUGGAGAAGUUUUAUUCAGAACCCAAUUUUCGAAAGCAAUUUGAACCCAUGGACAGAUAAAUUUACUUUGAAAAGAAACAUUUGCGCUAGGAAAAGGAUGGCCAUCUAGAAGAUGUAGAUUAUGGCAUCAAAACCUUCGAGCAUGCCAAUAAGGAAACCUAUUAAGGUUACAUAUUGGAAGAUGAAAUGCAAAGAAAAGUGCGAGUUAACGACAAUCGAAAUGGAAUUAGAACGCAUUUUUUAGGAGAUAAGGCUUAUCAUAUUCCUGAAUAUAGUUCUAAUUUUUAUAAACAUCCUGACGGUGCGAUUCCUGGUUCUAAUAUAUAAUAUCGUCAUUAAAAUAAAUAAUUAUCUAAAUGA